AUGGAAAAAAAUCAAAGUUUAAUUAAUAAAGUAUCACCAUUUACUUCAAUUACUCUGGGAUAAAAGUAUAUAAUCACUAAAAAUCUACCCAAUUUAAUUUAAAUGGUUUUAAAGGAUGGUGCUGAAUUUCAAUCAACUCAGAUAUAAAAAUUAAAGGCAUUGUAAUAAUUAAAGAUGAUUUGUUGUAUAGCAGAUAUCGGAGAAUAUCUUACUUAAAUAUUUAAGUUAUUGGCUAAGGUUUACACAAAUGAUGAUAAGUAUUAUUUGAAUGAGGUAAAAAUGAAUGUAUAUUUGAAUAGUGUAAAUAAAUAUGUUAUGUGAUUGGAUUAAAGAUACAAAUAGAUUAUUAUUUGCCUACAUUGAUAAACCAAGCAAGAUUUGAAUUGUAAGCAUAAUAAUCAAAAACAUUAUGCAAUCUCAUUAAUAUGAUAAGUGAAACGAUAGUGCAUGAAAAUGAUAAUCUUGAUCUUCAAAGUUUAGUCCAUUUAAUCAGUGAUGUUGAGGGUGUCUAUUCUGAUUGUUGGGAAGUUAUGGAAUGUAUCUAUUAUUUAGAAAAUCGAAUAAUAAGUUAAUCUCAAUAAGAAUUACCAAUUUAUGUUAGAUAGUUAUUCUAAGCACUAUUAACAAUUAGAUCAUUUAAUAAGAUGGAUUGUGAACCAUUGCUUCAUUAAUUGUCAACUAAAUGUGGUUACACAAGUGUAACUGAUUUACAUGCAAAUGAAAUAAGUUUGAUUCUAGAAUAAAUAGUAAAUUAAGAACACUUUAAAACUUGGAAACACAACACUAGAGAAUUCUUAAAAUUUAAGGCUAUUGUAACAGGAUGCGGAGAUGGAAUAUCUAAAUACAUGCAACAAAUAAUAUAAAUCAUGAAAUUUUCUUUGGGAGGUGACUAGGAAGUUGAAUUGCGUUUAGAAGUCCUUUUGUUAUUAGAUAAAGUUGUUUAAAUCUAAUCAAUCAAGGACACUAUAAAAAUGUAUGCUGCAGUGAUGAUUUCAUAAUUAUUAAUACAAUCUAUGGUCUGGAAAGCAAAUAAACCAACUGUUAAAGUAAGAAAAGCAGCUGUAAUAAUUACACUCUAUCUAUGUGAAAUGCUUACCUAAGAAGAAAUAUUAGAAUUAUUUCCAGCUUUGGCUGCUCCAUUGAAAUCUUGUAUGACAGAUGAUUGGGCACCAGAUUUGAGAUUCGCAUCUAGCAAAUUGGCAACGAAUUUAAUCAAAAAGUGUUAAAUUUUAAAUUAUGAAAUUAUAAGGGAUUUCUAUCCUUCGCUUCUAGAAAGAUUAGAUGAUUCUCAAAAUUAAAUCAGAAUAGAAAUUACUUAUGCAAUCGCUGCAAUUAUGUAAUAGAAAUAUGAUUCAACAACAAUCUUGGAAUAUAUUGUUAAGGCUACAUUGAUUCACUUAGAUGAUUCGAGUGAAGAAGUUCAAAGAGCAGUUUUCGAAUGCUUAUUGAAAUGUCCUGAAAAAGUAGUUGUAUUAAAAGAGGCAGAAUAAGCAGUGAAGAAUUUCAAAUAUCCACGAUUGUGUUAGGAAUUGAUUAAACUAGUGAGUUGA